GGCCCCGCCGCGACCCCGCAGGUACCGGGGGGGACACGGGGACAAACCGGAGCCCCCCGGGGGACACGGGGACAACCCGGAGGCACCGGCGGGCGGUUCGUGCCCGGGCAGAGGGGGCGGAUGGAGACGGAACCGGAGCCAGAAGCGGAACCGGAGCUUCACCCGGAGCCGGGCCCCGCCGCGUCGGCCUCCCCUCCGUGCCAGGCGGCGGAGGAUGAGGAUGAGGAUGAGGACGAAGAUUUCCAGUUCCUGCGGUGCGAUGGCUGCGGGCAGGACUCGGCGCAGCCGCGGCUGCUGCGCUGCCUGCACACGCUGUGCCCGGGCUGUCUGAGCGACACCAAGCAGUGCCCGCGCUGCCAGGCGGCCACGGGCGCUCCGGCCGUGGACAACCUGCUCUUCUGCAACCUGCGGAGCCGCCUGCAGCUCUGGCGGCAGAUCCGCAGCUCGGGCGGGCCCGGCUGCAGCCGCUGCCGCGCCGAGGCGGCGCUGGUGUGGUGCUCGGACUGCGAGGAGUUCUUCUGCGGGCGCUGCCUGGAGGAGCACCAGUGGUGGCACAAGAAGAAGGCGCACAGGGUGCGCAGGGUGGAGGAGCUGCGGGCGGGCUCGGCGCGGCAGUUCCUGGAGGACACGCGCGGCUCCUGCAGCCUCUUCUGCUCCAGCGCCAGCCACCCCGAGGAGAGCCGCGUGUGCAGCAUCUACUGCCCUCGCUGCGAGCGGGCGCUGUGCUGUCCGUGCGCGCUGCUGGACACUCGCCACGCUCCCUUCCGCGACCUCCGCGCCGAGAGCCGCCGGCGCCAGGACGAGCAGCGCUCCCUGCGCCGGGACCUGCGGCGGCUCCGCCGCUCCUUCAGGCGGCGCUGGGGCGGCUGCGGGGCAGGCGGCGGCGGGCGGGAGCAGCGGAGCGGCUGGGAGCGCGUCGCGCCAGCGCCGAAGCGGCUGCAGGAGCUGGUGCACGAGGCCGAGGAGCUGCGGGCGCUGCUGGAGGCGCCGGAGCGCGGGCGGAGCGCGCUGGCGGACGAGCUGCUGCGGGGCCGGGGCACGCUGCUGCGGGAGGCGGCCGAGAGGCUGGUGGAGAGGCUGGGCGCUACGGCGCAGCAGGAGCUGAUGGACAUGCAGCCCUUCGUCAAGGCGGCGCUGCUGGAGCUGCGGCGGCUGCGGCCACCGAGCCCCCGAGCUCCGCGAGCCGCCCGACUCGCCGAGUGCCGGGCGCGGCUGCGGGCGCUGGUGGAGCGCGUCACGGGCCGGCCAGAUGUCCCCGAGGUCGAGGUGGCCCUGGAGAACAACCUGGAAGAGGAUCCAACCCAUCCCAAACCCCACAGCGCCUCCCCCAGCCUGGAGGAGAUCCAUGUGGAGGAGGUGCGGUCCCUCCAUCCCAUCCAGCCUCUCCGGCUCCCCUGUUGGAAGAAGCGGCCGCUGCCCAGCACGGAGAGGGGCAGCCAGGUGUCUCCCAAGAUCCUGAAGCUGGAAUGCGACCACGAGCCGGGCCCCAGCCAUGCCGAAUCCCAGUGGGAAUUCCAGACGGAGCCCGGCCCCUCCACGUCGCGGCACAACUGCGUCCGUGCCGGUGACACAGAGGGCGGCAGCAUCAUCAUCUGCAGCUCGGACGACAGCGACGAGGACACCGUGGUGGUGACGGUGACACCGGAGCCGCCUCCGUGCUGACGUCCCAUGGGAUCCUCCAGCCUCAUCCCGCAAUUCCCGGCCUCCCAUUCCCAGAUUUCUGCUUGGGCUUUCCUCUUCUUGGCCAAUCCCAAAUGUAUUCCUGGACUGAGCUCUGGUGUUCCAGAGUGGCCCCAAAUCCCACCUGGAUCUGCUGGGAUCUCCCUUUUAAUGCUUUGGGGUUUCCUGGGAAUGUUGUUUUCCUCUUAAAUCCUGUCUGGGUUGAUCCCAAAAUAAAAUUUGGGAUCAAGUUGGGAUCUGUGCCGGCGGAUCCCGUUCCUGAGCCCCCCAAAGGUGGGGAGAUGAUCCCAAGGGUGGGAUCCCCUCUGGGAUCCCCCAUCAGCACUUGGA